UUUUCAAAAUGGCGGACAUCGAAGCACGAAGAGAAGCAAGAAGUAGAAAGAUAUUGCAGAACCGCGAAAAACGCAUGAAUAUAUUGUACGGGCUUAAAGACACCGAAGGUGAUGAUUUGACAUCAAAAACAGCCAGUGCCGUAAAUAAUUUUAAAGUUCAAGAACCAGCACCAGCACAGCAGGAAAUUCACGCAAACAAUGAUGUAACACCUGCAGUCACUAAAGAAAAGAAAAAUGAUGAUGCUGAUAUAUUAGAUCUAUCCAAUAAUAAGACCAGAGACCCGGACAUAGAAACUGUUAUCCUUGGUAACACUGUAAAUAUUGGAGCUGGAGAAAAUACUUCCACACCAUGCAUUCAGACCCCUGACAGACUUCAUUCUUCACAAUCGGAUACAGACAAUUUACGUCACAGAGCUACAAGGAACACAGUUAAGAUUCAGCAAUCAUCGAUACCAUCAGACAGUAAAAAAUCUAGUAAAGUGCCAUCAUCUGUUGAAGACUCCCAACUAAAGUCCACUUCAGAGCGAUCUCCACAGCACCAGCUUAAUCUCCUUAGGCUGGCCGGCUGUGUUUUUGUUGCAAUUCUGUCCAGAGUUGUGCUGCAAUUGGGGAUAGGUCUCUUUUAUUUUCAGACAAUCAUCCUACCAUUUGCAGUACUACAGGGAGCAUUGUAUUACUACAAGAUGACAUUUGUCAAGGAUAUGCCCUACAAAGGAACAGCAAUGUCUAGUGCCUUGAUGUUGUGUGGUUUAAAACCGGAGGUGAUCGCCACCUAUAAUAAAAUCAUGGGCAACGUAGCAGGAAUAUAUGAGGACUUCUCUGUCUACCUGUUUGCAUUCUUCUGCAGCAAUAUGCUCAUUACACAAGAGGGAUCAUAGUGUUGUGUUUGUUUUGUUAUAGAGAUAUUUAUAUAAUAUAUUGACUAGCAUAAUAAGCUAAAUGAAGAAAAAAAAGAUGUGGAAAGUCAAGGUGUUACUAGUCAACUACAAAGGAAUGUGUGAACCUGUGGAAUCCAGAGUUAUUUCUCUUGACAUAUCAAUUUAGUGUUGUGAUUCCUUCGAGUCGAACAAGUCUGGUUUGUCUACUUUUUAAUUGUAAUAUUUCAUAAUACUGUACACUAGUAAAUGUCAUGCAGGUCAUGAAAGUCUUUCCAAUUGCUUGACAAAAACUCAAUUUGAUGGAGAUCAAAGGGUCAGUCAAUCCAAUAUGGAACUUAUUUUGGGUGUACAUAGAUUACAGUGUAAAACAUGUGAAUUUGUUGGUUCUUGAACAAUAUGUAAUAGGUGUACCUUAUAGCUAAGGUGUUUGGUAAAAAACUGUUUUUACUGUUUUGAAUACUUGUAGGUACUUAAUAUUUUAGUAUCUCUAUAAAUUUACGCAUAUGGAUCGAUAUUAUAUGUAUUUUAUCAUGACAUGGGACCAUAAGCCCAAGAAAAAUUUGCUAAUGCUUGCUUUUUCGCUAUAUGCAGUUGAACACAGUUAAAAAUAUAAGCUAUCUAACACGUUUUGCAUUCAGCAAUGAUUGUGCACUUCCAGGAACCAUAGUAUCCACUUUACUGCAUAUCUUACACUGGGUAAAUUGAAAAGUGUUGUGUCAUGAAAAUAAAUCAUUGAAUAACAUUCAGAUUCAUACUAAGUAAAAGUGUACAGAUUGAGAUGUACUUGUUAAUCUAAAACAGCUGCGAUAUGAAAAAUCCUAUAAAAAUUUUCUGUAUUAGAUAAAAAAAUUUCUGUAUGCUCCUGUCAUUUAAUAACACAGCCCUUUCCUGUGAUCAUUAUAUUAAACUGAUUGAAAGUCAAAUAGCUCAAAAUGUAAAAGAAACUUGAUAUAUCUGAAAAUUUUAAUAAGGUCCCCUGUAAUUGCCAAACAAAUGGAUUUUUUACAGAAAACCACUCAGUUCACUCCAUUUUCUGUUGGAUAAAUACCCUACCAAGAGCAUUUUAUUGAAGAAUUGUCAAUUUUGUUCUGGUUGUGACAUUAUGUUUUGUGUUUACCAGAGGAUCAUGGUUGUAUAGUUGUACAGCAAGUAACCUGCCAAAAAUUAUAAAACUUAUUGUACUGCUGCUCUAUACACAUACAGUGUACCUAGCUGAGCCUGGAAAGUUGUGACCGUUAUCCAAGGAACUUGGUGACAGUGUACCUAGCCGAGCCUGGAAACUUGUGACUGUUAUCCAAGGAGCUCGGUGAAAAUUCCCAACCCACACGCCAUAAUCUGUUAUUAUGAAUAUCUAAUAUGAGGUCAGUGUGUCAGGAAUGUGCCUAGUUCUUCCCUAUCAGAGUUACUUCCCUUCAUUUCACUUUGUCAAGUGAUAGCUCGACAGCCAAUGCAAUGAGGGCAGAUAAUGCAAUUCAUGUGUAUAUUAUAAAUCAUCUUACAUCUACAAUGUACUAGAUAACAGGAAAUGGUAUAGAUCCUUCAUAACAGAAAAAGAUUCCACAAUUUGAUAAAUUUUCUUUUUGUUUAUAUAGUUAUCAAAUGACAAAAGUGAAAUUCACCAUUUUAAUGCUUCAGAAUUAUUCGAAUCUGAUGCAGGAACACCAGAGCGAUCCCACAGCAGCAGUAUAUCAAUCCAAUAAUACCUGUAUGUAUGUAUGUAGGUAAUGUAGAAAUACAUGUACAUGACAUUUUUUG